AUUGGAUGUUUCAGAGAGCCUCUCCUCACAGGUCCCGAGAUGGUUUUACCAAGGAAAACGGGCCCAGAACUGCUGAACGAUCUCAUUGAACUCUGGUUGGGUGGCUACCGCAUCGCCUGCUGUGUACAGACGAUUCUGGAGAAAAAGACCGGAGGGCUUUUUCAAGGGUGAAGAUGGAUGGAAGUCUAUCUUGCUAUAGGUCAAGGAGUUAAGGAGUGCGAAGUUGUCAGGACACUUUUUGUUGAACAAAAAACGGAGUGACGUGGGAUGACUGUCAUCCCAUGGGUAGAUCUGGCCGUGUUUGCCACGGAACCCAUGAACACCCGUGUGGUUCUGGGUGAUGGGAUUUCCAACACCACUGAUGCUCUGAUUUGGGGGAUUUGGAACCUCACACGAAUGUCUUGGAGAGAUGAACAUGAAUGUCUGGUGGUGCUUCUCCACAUUCCCCACCUUCUCCAUGAGUUGGGAUCGUUGGGCGGCUGCAUGGCCUUCAGCUCGAUUGGCCCUUUUCUGAUCCACGAGACCCUCAGUUGCAAGUAUCAAGCGAGCAAACUUCCGCUUGUCUGAAUUCCGAUUUUUCUUUGAUCAACAUGGGCUGCUGUGAGAGUUCUCGUCCUCCUUAUGCGCCCUAUGGUGGCAACGCUCACCAUCACCAGGGCCCCUACAGUCAGGGCCACGGCUAUCAGAAUCAAUCCAAUGGCUAUGUUCCUGGAGGAGUGGUGCAAGGAAAGCCAGUGAUGGGGGGCUCUCCCGGCUACGCGGCGUAUCCGUACAGCACGCCGUCGCCCUGUGAUGGCUACCAAGCAGGACACCACCACUACGCCCAGCCCUAUGGGCAACCUGCCUAUGGACAAGCAGCUUAUGGGCAGCCGGCCUAUGGGCAGCCAGCCUAUGGACAACCAGCCUAUGGGCAGCCUGCGUAUGGACAAGGAGGCGGCGGCGGCAAUGGCAUGGCCAUGGCUGGCGCUGGUUUAGCCGGACUCGCGGGCGGGUUUUUGGCGGCGGAGCUCAUUGACGACAUCUUCUGAGCUCGUUUGGCGCGGGGGUCGGGGUCGGGUGUUGCUGUUUUUGGAGACCUGAAAGCGUGUAGUUGCAAGAUCCUGCAUCGAACCGACGUGGAGAACACUGAGAAUGAGAGACAGAAGGUCAUACCUAGGUCUGCCGUUUGAAAUGAAAGGAAGGAGAAACGGCCAGCGUUUUCGCCGAACGGUGCUGAUGGAUUUUGCAAGAUCUCAGAACUUCUCCUGUGGAAGGGCGGUUACCCAGUCUGACAUUUUUGUAUACACUACGAGGCCAUCUUCCGGAGAGUUCUUCCAUCAACAGCUUGCUGCAGUUUGCUCCCAUGUACAGAUGAGGGAGAUGCCACUGUGAUGUACAGCUUGGUUGCAUCCUGUGAUGCAGUUCCAUGUGCGUGACCUGUAGGUCCUGCAAAAAAACAUCGAAAACUAGACGACGAGUGGCCCGAAAGCAUUUUUCAUCACGUAGGAAAUCAGAGUGCGAGUUAUCCGGUAAGUGUGUAGUGAGAAGUGUUAAGUCGAGUGAGUUGAGGUAGUGUGUGGGUUUCUGUGCGUGUGUCCAUGUCCGUGUGGAAAGGAGUCUGCGUAUGUGUGCGUUCGUGGAAGUUGAGGGAGUGUGUGGGUGUUUGUGUGCGAUGCGGCCUCCCAAACCCCCC